GGGCCAAUACCUGGCACACACAGCGGGGCGGACUGGCCCUUUAAGACGGAUAAAGACAACAGCCCCGCACAAGCCGAGCGCAUCGAUCGCUGCCGCGCUUUACAUCAGCGUUCACAGCACUGCUGCAGGAGGAAUUCACCACCAUUGAGCUAUAAAGGUUCAUUUAUAUGAAGUGUACGUAAACGUUUUUAAAUGGCGGGAGGAGAAAUGUGACACAGUGCUCAGCCGGUUUGCUCUCUGGUGCGUAAUUGAUUCGGGGAGACUCUGGAGCUGCAGCACUCAUUUUGGCACAGUCAGAAUCCUCCAGAGAGUCCUCAGGGAGGGGAAGGCUGCUGCUUUUGAACUUCCUACCGUUGUUGUUUCAUGAAGUCCAGUACACCAGCCAAACAGUGCACCCGCCUCCGUCUUACCCCAGAGAGGUUCACUUAAAAAAAUAAAUAAUGGAAGACAAACGCAAGAAGCGGAGCCCAAAGGUGUCUCUUCCCCAGCCCCCUCCUCCCCCCAUCAACCCCCGCAAACUCACCGUCCUGCCUGCCAGCAAAAGUGCCACCUUCUCUCUCGGCCUGCCACAGCCCCCCUCCCCCAAGAACAGAGGCAAGUACAAGAGAUCUAUAGGAGCGCCAGGACAGCCCAAAGAGGUGUUUACAGUCGUCGUACCUCCACCAAAGAUCACCAGGCCCCACAAGGAGAAGCCCAGGGCCCCCCAGCCUGCAGGGCCCAGUAAAGUAGUCCAGUCUUCCCCCCUGCAGCACUCCUUUCUCACAGAUGUCUCAGACGUGAGAGAGAUGGAGGGAGGCCUCCUCAAUCUUCUUAACGACUUCCACUCAGGCAAACUACAGGCUUUUGGUAAGGUGUGCUCCUUUGAGCAACUGGAGCACGUGCGCGAGAUGCAGGAGAAGUUGGCACGACUGCACUUUAGCCUCGACAGCCACGUGGAGGAACUUUCAGAGGACCAGAGGAAGUGUGCCUCCGACCACAACCUGGAGCACCUGCUCUGUAACCUGGAGGAGCUCAGCACCUCAAUACAAAAGCUCCACUUGGCUGAGAACCAGGACCUGCCCAAGACAUCUGGUCCCUGACAAAGCGAGGUGCGGAGGAUGGCGACCAAACACUCAUCUUCUCUCAACAUCUAACCAGUCCAGGUUGCCAUGGCAUUGAUCCCGCUGCCUUAGAAACAGAAUGGAAAGAUCUAGAGGAGGAGGAGCUAUUUUUCCAUUUGGUCAUUGUAGCAGAGGGAGCAUAGCGACUCAAAGCAGCAGAGCAUUAAAUGAACACUCAACCAAAACCAUAAACCCCUCAUUCAUGGCACAAGAAAUGAUCAGAUGGUUUACUGAACAGUUGUGUUAGAUGAAAUAUGUUGUGUCGAAGUUAUCAGCAUGUUCUUGGCAUCAACCAACUUGGCUCCAGUUACUAGUUACAUCAUUGGGAACAAAUAAUUAAAUCCAGGUGUAAUCUUUGGUUCUCUAUUUGUGUUCCAAUUUUCAUCGCAAAAAGCCAAUUUCAUGACAUCUUAAGAAGUUGUGCUGAUUUCAUAAUAUGCCUCGUCUAUUGCAUCAUUUCAGAAGGCAUGUGUACCGGUUAGCAAAUUUGAGCCAUACUUAAGUAGCAAACAUAUUUGGCCCUUGUCGACAACACCACUGUGGUUAGCUCAGAACUUUAAAAGGGAGUUUUCACUUUUGCUAUUAUUGUGAAUAAGCAUUUUUAUAGCUUUGCUUUUAAAGUUUAAUACUGGGAAACAGACUGGAUUUAGUAAAAGUUGGGUGAAUCUUUGCUAUAACUGUGCAUUUUAAAAGGGACUAUGUGAGAAGUUACACAAUGUAUGUUUGAUGAACUUGAAAGUAGAAUGGUUUAUGUUUUUACCAAUGUGUAGUCCAGCUACUGUAUUUGUUGACACUGAUGAUGGGAUAAAUUGUGUCAGUGCUUUAUCAGGGUUGCCUUUAGGCUUUGUUUUUGUGGAUGAUGGCUGGCCCAGUAGCAGCAGCCCUCCAAGCACAAGCUAGUCAACCUAACUACUGAAAUGCUGUAAAAUCAACUACUGUAACACGGAGGUCACGGGGCGUCUGACACGACAAGACAUUCACUUGUCUCUCAUGAUACUGUACAGUACAAUUUUAAAAGUGGCAGCUACUUUUAUAGUUAAACAUUUAGGGGGUAAGAUUAUGAUGCGCAUUGUAUUUAAUUCCAAACUUGGCAGCGAAGCCCAAUCCAUAAUAUUUUAUCCCUGACAAGCAAGUUCAAGUGAUAAUGUUUUUCAAUCUGAAACAUAUAAGCAUGUCAAAUCAUUGGUGUGGUUUUUUUUUUUAAUACUGCUUUCUAAGCCUACCUCUUUUCUAAAGGCAUGGUCUAGAUAGCCUCUACAGUCACAUAUAACAUUUCUAAUUCUGGUUUCAUAGAGAUCCUUUUCGGUCAACAAUUUUCUGUUAUUUUACACAUUAAGAGGGAUAAUUCACCAUUAGCUUUACAUAUAAAAUGGGCGCAGUCAAAACAACAUAAAACCUGUGAAGUGUGUAUUCAGUACCUAGCCAUUCAUUAUCAUAUAUUCAUAAAUUAUGUAACUUAUUAGGCAUAGACUGUGCGUUUCUUGGCUAGAAUGUAACGGUCAAGAUUAGACCUUAACAAAUGUGGUCAAAGCCCCUCAAUAUCCCUUUUCCAAUCCCAUUAAUAUUUGAAUGAAGCACCUGGAAGUUGGUUUUACAGAAAUAAAACACUUUAUUUAAAUAUGAAUCUGUCUUCGCUCUUGUUCACAAACAACUUCAAUAUAAUUUAACAAUAGAUGCGUUAAAAGGCUACUUGAAGACUGGCACUAUACUGAGACAGAAUCAGAUCUGGGCCUUUACGGUUUCUCAGGCAACGGCUGGAGCAAAACUGAGCUCCUUUUCCUUUUCACGCUGUCCCCAUCCAGAAGAAUCGGUUCCAACCAAACCCUGAUCUCGGCAUCAGUGCACAUAUAUAUCUCCUUAACAAAAAUAUAAACAAUUUUGAUCCUGCCAGUACAUUUUGGUCAUGCAAAAAAAAAAAA